AUGUCUGCUCAAUCCGUAUUAGUCAUUGGCGGCUCAGGCGCCCAGGGAAUGCCAAUUGUCCAAGAGCUAUCUCGACAACCACAAUACUCAAGCAUUCGCGUGCUGACUCGGGAUUCAACCUCUGAAAACUCCAAACUUCUGGCGUCUCUCCCGAAAGUGUCCCUGUAUCUGGGCCGCAUUGAUGACGAAGAAUCUCUGAGAGGGGCUUUUGCCGGUAUGGAUCUCGCUUUUGUUAACACGAACAGCUUUGCUCUGGGAAUAAAGAAUGAGAUCUACUGGGGGAUCCGGAUCUAUGAGCUAGCCGUCCAAGCCAAGGUGAAACACUUCAUCUGGUCCUCGCUAGACAAUUUCACAUUCGACACGCAAUACGACGAUACGUUGCGAGUCGGCCAUUACUACGGUAAGGCCCACGUGGAGCAGUGGCUCUCUGCGAUCCCGCAGAGGGAAGACUCGACGCGAUGGUCCGUUUUGACGACAGGGCCUUAUAUUGAAAUGCUAUUUGAGCUGCUACGGCCCCGCCAGGACGAACACGGAACUUAUGUUUUUGAGGCGCCUCUAGAAAACGGUUCUGUCCCAUUCAUACACCUGGAAGACUUGGGUCAUUAUGUGCACUGGAUCUUUUCACACAUCAGUCAGUCAGCCGGGAUGAAUCUCAAAGUGGCGAUAGAGCACGUUUCGUACGACUACCUUGCGGCGACGUUUACCAAGGUCACUGGGAAGCCCGCGCGGUAUCAUAAUGUCUUGGUUGACGAGUUAUUUACCAGCGGCCCCCUCGCCACGGUGUCGGAAGUUAAACUAGGCGCUGAAACCGCUGGAGAGGAUCCAACAUUACUUUCAUACAGGGAAAACUUUUCCGCCUGGUGGAAAUUGUACCAACGCUCUGGAGGGAAUAAAGGGAUUAUCAGAAGGGAUUAUGAAUACUUGGACAAAAUCUUCCCGCAGAGGGUGCGGAGCGUCGAGCAAUGGAUGCGAAAGGUGAAUUACACCGGUGAAAUGCGACCAGUCUUGAAGACAGGGUAG